CAAUGGGCUGGCGGGCGCCGCCGUGCCCGGCCCAGGGUUCGGCUAGUGACUCCUGUGGGGGCCGCAGUGUCUUGUGCGUGUGGGCUCGUGGCGUACGCGGGGAAGGAGACUUGUGUCCGCUGCGGGUCCCGCAGCCUGGCAGUGGGAAGGGUGGGGGCUCCUCGGUCUGUGUUUCCCUCUGGGUUUGGCAGGGUCCCCCUCAGCCUAGUUCCCGAGAGUGGGGCAGAAAUGGUCGGUAGGUUGCUCUGUAUUCCGCCUCCGAGCCAAGGGAGAAGUGAUUUUUUUCACUACCGCUGCGCAUUUCUUCCUGGGGUUUGAGGGUGUUAUCCCGGACGUGGUCUCGCCGUCUGUGCCUGCAACUCUUCGGCGUGGGGGGAGCAUCAGGUUAACUCUUGGUGGCCAGAAUCUACCCCAACAUGCUAAUGAAUUGCUGGGAACUGGCGUAUGUUCUCGUUGGCUUUUCUUCAUCCACCCACUGGUGUGAUAGGUGUACAGCUCGUGGUUACCAUGGUGAUGGCUAGUGUCAUUCAGAAGAUCAUACCUCACUAUUCUCUAGCUCGUUGGCUUCUCUGUAGUGGCAGUUUACGAUGGUAUCAACAUCCCACUGAAGAAGAAUUACGAAUUCUUGCAGGGAAGCAACAAAGGGGGAAAAGCAAAAAAGAUAGAAAAUAUAACGGUCAUAUUGAAAAUAAACCCCUAACCAUUCCUAAGGAUAUUGAUCUUCAUCUGGAAACAAAGUCAGUUACUGAAGUGGACACUUUAGCAUUGCAUUAUUUUCCUGAAUAUCAGUGGUUGGUGGAUUUCACAGUUGCAGCUACAGUGGUGUACUUGGUAACUGAAGCCUACUACAGUUUGAUGAAGCCCUCACAGGAAAUGAAUAUCAGCAUUGUCUGGUGUCUGCUUGUUUUGGCUUUUGCCAUCAAGACACUGUUCUCAUUGACCACUCACUACUUCAAAGUAGAAGAUGGAGGUGAAAGAUCUGUCUGUGUCACAUUUGGCUUUUUUUUCUUUGUCAAAGCUAUGGCAAUCCUUAUUGUAACUGAAAAUUAUCUAGAAUUUGGACUUGAAUCAGGGUUUUCUAAUUUUUCAGAAAGUGCAGUGCAGUUUCUUGAAAAGCAAGGUUUGGAAUCCCAGGGUCCAGUGUCUAAACUAACCUUCAAAUUGUUCCUGGCUGUUCUUUGUUCACUUAUUGGUGCUUUUUUGACAUUCCCUGGCUUACGACUGGCUCAAAUGCAUCUGGAUGCUCUGAAUUUAGCAACAGGAAAAAUAACACAAACAUUGCUGCAUAUAAACUUCUUGGCACCUUUACUUAUGGUCUUAUUGUGGGUAAAACCAAUCACCAAGGACUACAUUAUGAACCCACCUCUGGGCAAAGAGAGCGUGCCUUUAAUGUCAGAAGCAACAUUUGACACGGUACGACUGUGGAUAAUUAUCCUAUUGUGCACUUUACGGUUGGCCAUGAUGCGCAAACACCUGCAAGCCUACCUUAAUUUAGCACAGAAAUGUGUGGAUCAGAUGAAAAAGGAGGCUGGCAGAAUAAGUACAGUUGAUUUGCAGAAAAUGGUGGCCCGAGUAUUUUAUUACCUUUGUGUAAUUGCAUUGCAGUAUGUGGCACCUCUGGUAAUGCUGCUUCAUACAACUCUGCUUUUGAAAACACUAGGUAAUUAUUCCUGGGGCAUCUAUCCAGAAUCUAGCUCUGACUUUCCAAUGGAGAACAGUCCACUUCCCAAUUCAGUUUAUUCUGAGUCUCCACCUGCUGAUGGAAAGAUGAAGGUAACUGUAGUACAAAUAACAAUGGCAUUGGGCAGCCUAAAGAACAUUUUCACUCCUCUCCUGUUCCGAGGACUCCUGUCUUUUCUCACCUGGUGGAUUGCUGCUUGCCUCUUCUUCACAAGCCUUUUUGGGCUUUUCUAUCACCAGUAUCUGACUGUGGCAUGAAUAAUCAGCUCACAAAGGAAAUAUCUGAAGUUAACUUCUCGAUUCAAACCCAUGUACCCCAGAGGGGCUGAAGAAAAAAAUGGAAGAAUGCAUACGUGAAGAAAAAACACAUAUCAGAUUUUAUUCUUAAAUGCUUCCUCUGUAUUCUCAGGGUGAAUAUUGUUGUUUAAAAUCACAAGUGGGUUUAACUUUUGUUACCGAAUGGUAGGUAACUAACUGCUGAAUUAUGGUAUUGGAACUGUGACUAACCUUUUUAUGUGGCUGAUAUUGGAGGGCUAGUUAAAAGGGUAGCGCCUGUGAGUACCUGGCUUUCCAUUAACACUAAGCUGCCCUCAAAACUUUUGUAUAUUACUUCAGUCGUUGACUGAUGACUCUUAGUGGUAUUGAGGUACAGGUAACACUAAUGGUGGCUGCCUAGUUAAACAAUCUUGAAACUGAGCCAUACAAUGGGAAGAGAAAAUAAUUUCUGUUGGAACGAUAUUGAUCACUUUUCUGUGUGAAAAGCAAAAAAAUCCAACAGGACAGAAGAAAUACUGUAUAUUACAGUAAAGAAGGCUAUGAAAUAUUUGAGUUUAGGGUAGGAACAAAUGCAUGGACUCUGCAAGUAUUGCUGCCUAAGUAGUGCAGGAAUGCUCAUGCUGUAAGAAGAAUAUUCUAAAAAUAUAUAUUGUCUCAAUCCCUGCACUCAUUUUAAAGUAAUGAAUGGCCAUACAAACCCUCGAAAGUACAGUAUUGGUGCUACUAUUGAUCCACAAAUUCCAUUUGGGUCUUUUAAAAUUUCAUUUUUCCAGGUAAUGGACAAAUUCCAUUCAAUUCACAAAAUAAUUGGAAUAGAUUAUCAACAAUGAUCAAAGUGUUUAAAAAGAGUAACUAUAGUCCUGCUGAGUAUGUAUGUAUCUGUAAGUAUAUAUAUGUAUAUAAAUAUAUAUUAUAUAUUAAAUAUAUAAUAUAUAUGGAGUCUAUAAAAAUAAAUAUUGAAUCUUUAAGUUGCUGAAUGUAUGUUACAGGGCAGUGGGACAGCGACAUAUAUGUACCUAAAAAGUUCAAGAUCUCUUGAUUAAAUUUUUUUGAAAGUUCA